CUGCGGAGUCCGGCCCUUGACUUCUGAUGAGGAACGAGGCAGGACACGCGUCGUGGGUGGCAAAAAUGCUGAGGUUGGGGCCUGGCCCUGGCUUGUCAGCAUCCAGGAUCCCUCGGUUUCAGGCACAGGGCAUCUGUGCGGAGGGUCCCUCAUCAGUACACGGUGGGUCCUCACGGCUGCUCACUGUUUUGCUGAGUCCAGGAACAUCAGCGCCAUGCGCCUGCUGAUCGGCGUCACCCAGCUGACAGAGCCGGGCCCUGAGGCCCAGGUGCGCCUGAUUAAGCGGCUGCUGAUUCACAACGAAUACGAUCCUGCUGACCAGAGCAACGACAUUGCACUGCUGGAAAUGAGCGAGCCUGUCCAGUGCAACUCCCACAUCCAGCUGGUGUGUGUGCCCAAAGCCACGCUGAACGUGGCACAGCUGGAUACCUGCUAUGUCGCUGGCUGGGGUGCUACCACUGCAAGAUCUCAACAAUCCAGCGAUAUCCUGCAGGAGGCCAAGGUCCACCUUAUCAAUGUCCAGAUCUGCAAUAGCAGUGAGUGGUACCAGGGGGACGUCCAUACCCACAACUUGUGUGCUGGCUACCCGGAGGGUGGCAUCGACACCUGCCAGGGUGACAGUGGGGGUCCACUCAUGUGCAAAGACAAGGACGCUGACUUCUUCUGGGUUGUCGGAAUAACCAGCUGGGGCAGAGGCUGCGCCAGGGCGAAACGGCCUGGAAUAUACACUUCUGUUCGGCACUUCUAUGACUGGAUUGUGCUCCAGAUGGAAAUGGUCCCACAGUCAUGGAAUCCUUAUCCAACCGCCUCACCACCCUGGACUCAUCCUACAAAUGCCCCAUGGCCCACUCAGAAGCCAUGGACGAGACCACCUACCACUCAGAUGCCAUGGACAAGACCACCUACCACUCAGAUGCCAUGGACGAGACCACCUACCACUCAGCUGCCAUGGACGAGACCACCUACCACGCAGAUGCCAUGGACAAGACCACCUACCACUUAUAACCCAUGGCCAACAACACUGCCCACUCCAAAGCCAUGGCCAACAACACUGCCCACUUCAAAGCCAUGGCCAACAGCACCACCUGCUCCGAAUCCAUGGCCAACAACACUGCCCACUCCAAAGCCAUGGCCAACAACCAUGCCCACUCCAAAGCCAAGUUCGUUACCCACACCAGUGGAAGAGAAUAAUAACUGCCCAUAUCCACUCAAGAAGCUGAUCGAAUUCUUCACUGAGAUACAGAAGCUCCUGAAGAACCUACAGGGGAUUCCAGUUUGAGCAGGAGAAUGGACAGGAUCCAGUGCAGGUUGCAUGGGACCGUGACUGUUUCCUGCUGAGGCAAUGCCUGCUGAUCCAAAGGCUGCCUCAGUGCUGAAGGCCUGCUCUGUCCUGCCCAUAUUUCUCCUCUACAUGCACGCAAGUGCUAAUGUUGACUUAGUUGCUGAAAUAAAGUUGUCUGUGUUUGUGGUUAA